GACUACUUCCUCUCGCGCGGCAUUCCUCGGCGGCGCUACGAGGCUGUGGCUGCCUAGACUGAGCUUCAUGGUUUGCACAUGAGAGGAAUAAUAUUUGGUGAAGCAUCAGAGGAAUGCAAACAUACGCGCAUGGCACGUCUGCAGGCUCGCAAUGGCCGCAGAGAGCCGGCUGAGAGCGUGACGCGGUGAAGGGCUGCGGUACGAUGCACACCAAAGCCAGGCUGGCAUGGCUUGUCAUGGUGCUGCCCCUGGCAACGCCACGAAUCAUCUACAACUAUAGAAGGAGGCGCCCACCACCGCAGCGCCCGGACAACCCCUACAGCCAGGCCGAGUGGGACCGCCGCAAGAAACGCGCAAGCCUGCCGCCGCCGCCGUUGCCGUCGCCGAACGCGCGCUGCGACCUUAGUGGAUUAACAAAGGGCGUGACCAUCGUGACGACGGCGACGGAGGAUCGGCUGUGGAACGUGCGGAGCAUGUGCGAGCGCUGGCGGGGCCCCGUCUCCAUCACCGUCGUCGCCGCGGACACGGACCUCGAUGCCGAGGCGGUGACGUCGAACUACAUCGACGGCUGCGACGAAGCGCUGUCUCACGUGGGCGUCGUGCGCGUGCCGAAGGGGACGCAGUUCCCCGUGAACCAGAUGCGGAACCGGGCCUGGAUGCGCGCGAGGACGACGCACGUCUUUUUAUUGGAUGCGGACUUCUGGCCAGGAGCAGGCACGUACAAAAUGAUCGCCGACGCCUUACAUGUUCUCACGGAGGCGGACCUGGCGCUGGUCGUGCCGACUUUUGCGUUGGAGGGCAAGGACGGCGCGCGCGCGCGCGCGGGCAAGAAGUUGCGGGCCACGGAUCAUGACAGUUUGAGUGCGCUCGUGCCGCGGACGCGCGACGGACUGCUACGGUGCCUCGCGGCGAAGAACGACUCGUUCAAGCACGACUGGCAAACGAAAGGCAAUUUGUAUUGGGACGCGGGCCGGUCCAACACUGUCAUCAAGCUGCCCCCGUCGCGCAUCCGCUGCGAGCCCUUCCACCACCACGGCUCGACGCGCUUCGACGCGUGGCUCGCCGCGACGGCGCCGGAGAAGCUGUCCUGCUUUCUGGGGAAUUUUUACGAGCCCUUUGUGGUGGUGCGCAACUGCGCCGUGACGCCGCGCUUCGACGAGAGGUACGUGGGCUACGGCAAGAACAAGCUCGCGUGGAUCACGUCAUUACGAGCGGCGGGCUUCCACUUUUAUACCGUCCCUAGAGCGUUUGCGGUGCACGUGCCGCAUCAAGUUUCUGAAGAGCAUAGGCUCUGGGCCACGCAUUCUCGAGCCAUCCCCCAGAAGCGCGUGGUCGACGACAUGUUCUUCGAGUCGUUGUUCGUGCGCAAGUUAUAUGCGGACGGGAUCCGGAGGAGGUAUAUCCUGUCGAACACGACGGCGUCGCGCGAGGGCGAGGUCCCCACACCCUUGUGUGCGGCGGCCGGCGCGGACGUCGACGAUAUCGAGCGGCGCGAGAAGCGCGUCAACCUGCUGCCCGCGGUCGCGCGCGACUGUUUGCAGGGCGCGUGCGCCAUGUCCGAGGUCUCGCGCGCGCGCUGGGCGCGCAUCGACGCCACUACCCGCAAUGCGCCGGACCUGACGGCGUGCCUGAUGGCCGGGACGCGGCGCGACGAUGCUACGCGAGAAUGUGGCGGUGGCCACGCACGGCGGUCCUACUCGCGGCGGCCGCCGCGGUGGCGGGCGCCCAUGCACGGCUGAGCUUCCUUCCUUCUUCCCCCCUGUGACGUCGUGCGCGGAGAGCGCAGACGUUAUUCCCCUUGUGACGUCGUGCGCUCGCGGAGAGCGCAGACGUCAAGAUCACAAUUUUUCUAGUGCCUUUCAGGUCGCUAGCUUGGCUGUGCCGCGCUUUGCAUUUUUUGGGCCACACGGCUCCUACAACUGCGCGCGCGAAUCGGCAGAGCAUCAAAAGUAGUCGUGCCGCGCGCGUGACGACACCUGUGACGUAGCCGACGCGCUGCCGCGCCCGUGGAGGCCGCUCAAGCAUGACCAAGUUUGCGGCGCCGGAAGUCGACGACGAGGAGCCGACCGCUUCAACCGCCGCCACAACAACACCAUACCUCGACACGACCGACGCGGAGCGUGUCGAGUACCUCUACAGCAUCCCGGACGAUAAUGAACCGCUAGACGAGGACUUCGCGGACGAAUGGCAGCGAGCUGUGACAAAGGCCGCGGCCGCCCGGGGCUGGCUCGUGCUCGACGCGGAUGAACUCGCAAAAGCGCUCGCCUCGGACGAGUACGGCGCGCCGCCGGGGCUCGCGCGGUGCUUAGAAGCGCGGUUUCGGCCGGCCGCCGCACUCACGCGCGCGGCCGAGACCGCGCGGCGGCGGCGCCAGGGCCGACCCGUCGCCGCCGUCGUGUCCUACCUCCAGGCUUGGAGGGUGGCGGCCCGCGGCGUGUACGUCGUGGCGGACGCCGCGCUGGACGCCGCCCUCGACGCAUUUGUCGACUAUGUGUCGUCACUGCGGGGCGCCGAGCGCUGCUUUGCGUUGCGGAGCGCCCACGUCGACGACGAGCUGCGCGUCGACGCCGCGCCGGCGUCGCUCGCGGCGGCGUGCGCGCGCGCGGCCCUAGCGACGAAACCGCCGGCGUCGCUCGCGCUCGCGCGGUGCGCGCGCUGCGUGCGGACGCGGCGCGCGUUGCUGGGUCGCGGUGUAAUAAAGGGCGUCGCGAGCGUGGACGACGCCGCGGACCUCGAGACGCUCGGCGAGGGCACGGUCCGGAUCCGCGGCGCCGUGGCGCCUUCCGACGCGGCGGCCGUCGCGCUACGAGCCGCUUUAUUACGAUCGGCGCUCGCUUUGAAGCGAGCCGAGGCGCGGGAAGCGUCCGCCUUGCAAGCGUGCCGCGGCGCCAAGACCGCCUUCAACGCGCGCCGGUGGAAACUGUCAAGGGACGACGUGCGCAAGCGUCGGACCGUCCACGCCCAGCACCUCGAGGCGCCCCACGACGCGUUGUGCGGCCUCUGGGACGACGGCGAGACCGUGCAGGCG